UUUUAAAAUAAUUGCAACAAUAAAUAGAAAAUACACAAAGAAAAAAUAUUAAUUUAAAGCAGUGACACCAACUUAAGAAAAAAAACAUGUUUAAAUUAGUCACAAAUGAACACUAAAUUCACUACAAGAUUUAGAAAAAUCAAAAAACAUUUCUUCAAAAAAGCAUUAAUCAAAAAAAUGGAUUUUUUUAUUUAUACAGGGUGUUUAAAUCUUGAUUUAUAAAAAAUGAAUUUCUUUUUCCUUAUACAGGCUGUUUUACUGAAACAGUUGACUUAAUCACACAUGAGCAAUUUUUUUGCGGGUUUUUUGACCAAUAAAAUAUACAGGGUGUUUCUUUUGAACCAGUUUUAGAUUAAAAAUUCCGUAUUUUCGGGUCAUAAUUUCCCUUUGACGUCAGUCGCGUCCGCUUUCCUCUAAAAAUCCAUUCCGAAAACCCAAAUUUCGCCCGAAAAUUCCUCGUCGUUCCUCGCAAGGCCAACCAAGAUGCACAUGUGCUUGUGUGGUGGGGCGCCCACGUUCUUAAUAAACCUCUCGUCGAUUGGUCAGUGAAAGUACUUUGCAAUUAUUUAAGACGUUAGUUAAGUAACCGCGUAUAAUACAAACUAAGCCGCGAAUUUGCCCAUUUAUCGAUCGGAUUUGACUGUGACAAGUGUUGUCCAGUGAGAGUGAAAUAAUCAAAGAAAAUGAAAGAUUUGGUUACUGUGUGCAAUCGGUUAGUGCGCUGGAGUUACACUCCUGUGAGGACGAGACGAGAGGAUUUUCAAACCCCAGAAAAUGACACGCCGUUUAGGAUAUUUUGCGAACGGUUCAAAACUCCUCUUCUGAUUGCCUUUUUGGGCUUGCUCGCCAUCUUCGGCGGCCUUUUCGUCGUUUUCGUCCGCCCCUACGACUACCUCUUCAAAUGGAAAUGCGUGUUCAGCGAAGGGGGUGAGAUUUUCGAAUUGUGGAAGAGCCCCCCCGUGGACCUCUACCUUCGCGUCUACCUCUGGAACGUCACCAACAAGGACGAGUUCCUCAGCGGGAAAGACGACAAGUUAAAGGUGCAGGAAGUCGGCCCUUACGUCUACAAGGAAAUGUUUAUGCACGAAAACGUGACCUUCAACGACAACGGCACCCUCACCGCCGUGCCCCGCCACCCCCUCAUCUGGGUGCCCGAACUGAGCGAAGGCCGCCGCGAGGACGACCUCCUCAUCUUACCCAACAUCGCCCUAUUGAGUAUAGCCCACGUGGUCUCCGACGAGUCUUACUUCACUAGAGUCGGCCUUAAUCUCCUCAUACGUCAAACCAAAACCGAGCCUUUGAUUCAAAUGACAGCAAGAGAAUUCAUGUUUGGCUACAAGAGCACUUUGAUGACUUUGGGAAACAAAUUCAUGCCCAGCUGGAUCUAUUUUGACAAACUUGGACUCAUCGAUCGAAUGUACGACUUCGACGGGGAUUUUGAGACAGUCUACACUGGGGAAGAUGACGUCAGCAGAACCGGCCUACUUGACACUUAUCGGGGCUCGACCAAGAUCCCCCAAUGGGAGAACCCAUGUGGUAAUAUCAAAGGUGCCUCUGAUGGUACGAAAUUUCCGGGUUUUAUCAAACCCAACGACACUCUUCUUUUCUUCCGGAAGAGUAUGUGCAGGGCUAAAACCCUUGUGAGGGUUAAUACCACCGUGGUUGAUGGGUUAAACGCCUAUGUUUAUAAUUUCCAAGAAGACGCUGAUGAUAAUGGAGUUUAUAACCCUGAUAACAAGUGUUUUUGCAAAGAUCAGAAGAAGUGUUUGCCUCCGGGGUUAUUGGACGUCCAUGGGUGCUACUACGGGUUUCCUAUAGCCCUCAGUUACCCACAUUUCCUGGGUGGGGACCCAAUUUUGAACGCCAAGGUCAUCGGGAGUAACCCAGAUCCCGAGAAACAUAAAACUUAUUUUGCCAUACAACCAGACUCAGGCUUGCCAGUCGACCUUGCCGUCCGCUACCAGAUCAACAUGGCCCUCGGUAGCAUUAAAACAAUUGCCAACGUUGACAAAUUCGCCGACAUGAUCUUACCCCUCCUCUGGACCGAAAUCAGACUCUACAGUUUACCGGAAGUCCUCGCCGCCCGUUUCCGCCUCUAUUUGAACGUCUUGCCCCUGGUGGAAAACGGCAUCAUGUACUUCUUCUUCGCCGUCGGCUCUUGCUUCCUCCUCGCCUCAAUUUACAAAUUCCUCACCUCAAAAUCCAAACGCAAUGUUUACAACACGCACUGGAUUGAGGACGACCUUGUCAACAUUGAGAAGAAAUUGUCGAAUUAUAAACCGAAAAAACGCGCCAGUAUGAACGCGAAAGAACUCGAAGUGUAUUUCUCGAGUCUCGUCGCCCCCUUGAACCAAGACCUCAAUUGCAACGAUUCCAACGACGAGGACGUCUAGGGUUUUAUUCAAUUUUUUAGUUACUUUUUUAAUUGUGAUCGUUAUUUAUUUAUGUAGACUCCUGAGGUCCUUAGUGAAUUUAUUUUUUUAAGAUUGGUACUGUUUCGUUCUAGAGACAUGUCAUUGUGAUAUCUAAUGUAGAUUAAUGGCACGCCGCUAUUUAUAUUUGCUCAAUAUCUUAGAGUUAGGGAUUUUACAGAAAUCACCAGCAGUAUUUUUGUAUCUAUUUGUACAUAGUUUAAAAUAAACAAAAUGGUAACAAG